UGUCUCUGAAAAGCUCUGGGUUCUGGGAGAAUCCCAAAGGCGUAGUCCAGCGCUCUAUGGUGGAGCGGUUCCUAUUUGAGAGUAAGUGUUUCCCCAAGCGCCACCUGACCCAGUACUUUAAACUGCUGGAGAAGUUCCAGAUCGCCCUACCUUUCGGAGAGGACCAGCUCCUAGUGCCGAGCAGUCUCUCCAAACAUCGGCCAGUAAUUGAGAUGCCCCACUGUGAAAAUUCUGAGGUCAUUGUUCGUCUCUAUGAGAUGCCCUACUUCCCCAUGGGCUACUGGUCGAGACAGAUCAACCGCCUACUUGAGGUCUCCUCCUACAUGCUCUGUGGCAGAGAGAGAGAGCUGCGUCCCAACCGUAUCUACUGGAGGAGAGGCAUCUACCUGAGCUGGUCUCCUGAGGCCUACUGUCUGGUUGAGGCUGCAAACGUAGAGGACAACCCUGCCAGCUUCGUCAAGAUCACUGUGCCCUGCUCACGCAAAGGUACUGGAACUGCACCACAGCCUAGAGAAUAAG